AUGGUGAUGCAAGAUGUGGGUGUGCAGACCGAUCCUGUUCCACCUUCUGGAAGCGAACUAGGUGGCAUUGCUCUGCUGCAAACGACAACUACUUCUGCUACUACAACAGCUCCUACAACGGCAACAACAGCCGGUCCAAUAGGUGUCCCUGAGCAACAUGUAGCUCUAGUGGAUGACACAGACGAGCCUGGUUCGGAUUAUGAAGAAGAUUUUGCUAGUGAUACUACAUCCCUGAAAAGCGAGAUUACUUCGUAUCGGUUUGAGAACGGAAGACGUUAUCACUCUUACCGAGAAGGACAAUACUGGGGGCCCAAUGACGACAAGCAAAACGAACAACUUGAUAUUGCCCAUCAUAUGUUCACAUUAUUGCUAGACGGCAAGCUCAUGCUUGCUCCAAUUGAUAAGAGUGUACAGAAAGUGCUUGACGUCGGGACAGGAACGGGUAUAUGGGCUAUUGAUUUUGCCGAUGAAUUUCCCUCUGCCGAAGUCAUCGGAACAGACCUCUCACCGAUCCAGCCGGAAUUCAUCCCGCCAAAUGUGCGUUUCGAGAUAGACGAUGCUAGCGAUAGCUGGACUUUCGCAGAAGAUCUUUUUGACCUGAUACAUGUACGGUCACUGUACGGAGCAUUAUCCGACUGGCCGGCAUUUUACGCAUCGGUUCUCAGACAUCUUAGGCCGGGCGGCUGGUUUGACCAGCUGGAAAUGUCCAUCCAAUUUCGAUCGCACGAUGGAAGUGUCACCGACGAUCAUGUGCUUGCCGUGUGGUCAAAAAUAUUCAUAGAUGCCGGUGAACGUUUCGGGAAGACAUUUCGUAUUGCAGACCUCGCCAAGGGCUACCUCCAAGAUGCAGGAUUUACGAAUGUCGUGGAGACGAGAUACGAAUUACCUAUUGGGACUUGGAGUUCUAGUGCGCAUUUACGAAAGCUCGGCAGAUGGAAUCAACUCCACUGUGAGGAAGGCAUUGAGGGCUGGGCAAUGGCUCUUCUAACUAGGGUAAUGGGGCUUUUCAGCUUGAUCCACAUUGCUGACGAUUUUACCUUCGCUCUACGACUCGGAUAUUUUCAACAGUGGUCCUACACAGAAGUCCAAGUAUUUCUAGCUCAGAUGAGAAAAGGUCUCCGCGACCCCGAGACUCAUGCAUAUUUUGAUGUGGUCUGCGUUUAUGCCCAAAAGCCCGCAGAUGAGCUAAGUUAA